CAACAAGCAUAACAAAACGCGGCAAGAUGGCGGCGCGCAGCUAGCGUUCUAUUAUAGUCUUUCACAUAUUUUCUGUGAUGUGUUUGGUGUUGUCCCGUUCAGCGCCUGAUACCCGAUACAUAGAGAUUCUCUCAUGACUACUGCACCAGUGCUGCUUACUGCGUUUUAAUCACCAGCCAAUGGCAACGAGUGAGGAUGAAACUGAGGUGUUCAGCCACCUCGGCCAAAUCUUGGCCGAUCCUCCACCCAAGAGAGAUUUAUGCAACAAGUGCAGGCGGCCGCCUUCCGUUUGCUGGUGCUGUUCCUUGCCGGCGCCCCAGGUUGCCAUUUCCAGCAAGGUUUACAUCCUUCAACAUCCCGGAGAGCUGAAACGGAACCUGUCCACAGCUCCCAUGCUUGAGGCAGCGCUUUCCACCGAGAGAUGCAUCAUUCUCCGAGGUCGUAGGUUCUCUCGGGAACGCUACGGGGCCCUGGAAAGCGUCCUUCAAGAUCCUCCAUCAGCAGACACUAUCCUGCUGUAUCCUGGGCCCGAGGCCAAGGACGUACAAUCAUUAGACACGGUGCAACAGCGAGGGCACGGUUACAACAUCGUCGUCUUAGAUGGCACCUGGUCACAAGCUCGUUCGCUCUUCUUCAACAGCCCGCAGCUGCACUCACUGCAGCAGGUGCAGGUCAAUGCUUCUCAGGCAAGUCACUAUGUGAUACGAACUCAGCCAACCAGUGAAUGCCUUUCGACAGUGGAGACAGUGGCCUACGCCUUGGCAGCUCUUGAGGAGAAGCCACACCUCCAGGAGG